AUGGCAACAAGUACAAAUAAUGUAAAAGAUGGUUUUCAAUCAGAACACCCUUUUGUUUUAAUUAUAGAACAACCAAAAAAACAUGUUCUAUUUCAAUGUGAAACUGCACCAAUACUGGAAGAAGAAGUUGUCCAGGGUGUGAAUUACACUUCAGGAGUUUGGCAAUCAUAUCCAAGUAUCAAGAUUGUUGGUUAUCAAGGAAAUGUUGGAAUUUUAGUAACAUGUGUUAUGAAAGAUCAAAAAAAUGGAAAAUAUAGUUCACAUCCACAUCAUGUUAUUAAUGUCGCUAAUGUAAAUGAAACAGGAUUUACAUAUGCCUUAAUUAUGCGUGAAAAAAUGGAAAUUGAUCCAUUCAAAGCUGGGUUUGAGCAUAAAAAUAGUCCAAAUAAAAUUGAUUUAAAUUCAUUAAGAUUAUGCUUUCAAGUAUUUUUAAUAGAUGAAGAGGAAACAAAAUCAUUGACACCAGUUGUUACUAAUGUCAUAUACAACAAAAGCCAAUCUCCUGUUAUUUAUAAUUUUAGUCCAACAAUUGGAUCGUCACUUGGAGGCACACAAGUAACAUUGGUUGGUGAUAACAUCAGUAAAAAUGAUAAAGUUGUUAUGUUUGAAGUAAAUCAAAAUGGUAAACGAGUUUGGGAAGGAGUUUCAAGCUUUAGACAAUCUGAUCUUAUUAAAAAAUCGGCUGUUACAUUUUUAACACCAGCAUAUGAAAGAGUAAUUCAGCAGCCAGUUGAUGUUUAUGUUGAAUUAAGAAAAUCAGAUGGUGAAACAAGUGAAGCUUGGCCUUUUACAAUUCAUCCAGAAGGUCUAGAUGGUUCAAUACCUUUAAAACGAGCUCAACAAACAUUCCAAGAAAUAAAUGAUUCAUUGCACUUCACAAAUAUAUGCUGUAAGUAUUUGGUUUUUUUUUUUUCGCUGUUGAUUUUCUUUACGAGUUUUUGUCAAUCCAUGUACCUUCUGUUAUAUAAAAAUAUUACAUACACACAUUCAAUGAGUGUUAUAUAUUUAUAUAUUUUUUAUUAA